GAGAGAGGGAGCAAGAGAGAGAGAGAGUCACACAGUACACACUGAUAGAAACAGAGUGAGACAGUGAGUGGUAAAAGAGACAGUGUAGUGAUACUGAUCAGGAGAAAAGAAGAAGAACGGAGAAACAGACUGAAAGAAAGUUAGACCAGGAGGGCAGAGAGAGAGACGGAGAGAGAAAGAUAGAGAGAGAGGCAACAUGUGUCUGGUGUGAUAUCGUUCUACUGUUUCCCUCUAAAUAGACUGAGAGACGAAGCAUGAGGACAGGCUGAGGAGCCCUAAUCCUGAGACUGGGACUUAGAGAAGAGGGCAGUCACACAUGCUGCUCAGGAUGAUCUGAGAUGGUCAGAUUAUAUACAGCCAUGAACAGCAGUCUGGACGCACCUGGGUAGACUUGAAUGGACGCACAGACCUGAACACUCCUGGACAAAUAAAUAGACCUGCACUCAGAAGCCUGACCACACUGAGACAUCCUCUGCUCUGAACGAGCCUCACCAUUGGCCAGCCAGGUGACUGACACACGUCCUGACCAGUGGCUGAGCCCGGUGGGCAGGGUUAAGAUGAGCCUCUCCAAUGAAAGCUGUGGUAGUAGCAUUGAGGACCUGCGGAGCUACCAACAUCACGUUUAUGCGGUUGUCUACAGCGUCAUCCUGGCCCCGGGCCUUCUGGGUAAUGUCCUGGCUCUCUGGGUGUUCCAGGCAUAUGUCAGGGAGACCAAGAGAGGAGUGGUGUUUAUGAUGAACCUGGCUGUAGCUGAUCUCUUGCAGGUCCUCUCCCUACCUCUCCGUAUCUACUACUAUCUGAACCAUACCUGGCCAUUCGGCCGGCCUCUCUGCAUGUUGUGUUUCUACUUGAAAUACGUCAACAUGUACGCAUCUAUCUUCUUCCUGGUGUGUGUGAGUGUGCGGCGCUGUGAGCUCAUCAUCCACCCGCUGAGGUACCAUUCCAACAGACGACGAGGGGACGGAUGUGUGUGUGCCGCUGGCUGGCUGCUGGUCUGUCUUGGUUGUCUGCCCUUCCCUCUGCUCCGAAACGCCAGCUCUGACCCCACCACACCUAACCCCUACACCCUGACCCCUGACCUCUACACUGACACUGCCCCAUAUGACCUUAACCCUAACCCCUAUGCCUCCAGUCCUAGCUCAUAUGCCCCAGCCCCAGCCCCCACCUCUUCCCCCACCCCUACCCCUGGCCCUACCUCCAUCCCGGCGGCAGUGUGUUUUGCGGAGCUCCCCAUGCGUGAAGUCAGCCCUGCGGCCGGCUGGACUCUGAUGGUGGUGGCGGAGCUGGUUGGCUUCAUCCUCCCUCUGGUCCUAGUUCUGACCUGCGCCUGUCUGUCAGCUGGCAGCCUGCGAGUCCACAUGGGGGAGGGGGCGGGGGAAGGGGUUAAGGACCAGGGGGAGAAGAGGAGGGCGUUGAGGAUGGUGUUGAGCUGUGCCGGGGUGUUCCUGCUCUGCUUCUCCCCAUACCAUGUCACCAUGCCGCUAGACUUCCUGGCGAAGGCCGAUGCCCUGGGGAGCUGUGGGGUCAGAGAGAUGGUGCUGCGAUGCCAUCCUGUCACCCUGUGUCUCGCCAGUCUCAACUCAGGACUGGACCCUCUCAUGUAUUACUUUACUACAGAUGAGUUCAGGAGACGAUUCAGCAGGCCAGAAAUACCUGAGAGCUUCAGUCUGGCUCCAAGACUAUCUUGUACUAGUGGUGGAGGGAGCAAGGACCUGCCUCUGACCCCUGAACCUGACCUAUAAUCCCUCAGCAGGCCAGAGAUACCUGAGAGCUUCAGUCUGGCUCCAAAACUGUCCUGUACUAGUGGUGGGGGGAGCAAGGACCUGCCUCUAACCCCUGACCUCUGACCCUGACACCGGCCCCAAGACUGUCCUGUACCGCUGGAGUCCGUAAGACUGAACCCUGACCUCUAACCCCAAGACUGUCCUGUCCUGCUGUGGACAGCAAGGCGUGGGGAGAGAGAGAAACUAGGACAAAGACUGAACUCUGACCUUUAACCCCAAGACUGUCCUGUUCUGUGGACAGCAAGGCGUGGGGAGAGAGAGAAACAAGGACAAAGACUGAACUCUGACCUCUAACCCCAAGACUGUCCUGUUCUGUGGACAGCAAGGCGUGGGGAGAGAGAGAAACUAGGACAAAGACUGAACUCUGACCUUUAACCCCAAGACUGUCCUGUUCUGUGGACAGCAAGGCGUGGGGAGAGAGAGAAACAAGGACAAAGACUGAACUCUGACCUCUAACCCCAAGACUGUCCUGUUCUGUUGUGGACAGCAAGGCGUGGGGAGAGAGAGAAACUAGGACAAAGACUGAACUCUGACCUCUAACCCCAAGACUGUCCUGUUCUGUGGACAUUAAGGCGUGGGGAGAGAGAGAAACAAGGACAAAGACUGAACUCUGACCUUUAACCCCAAGACUGUCCUGUUCUGUUGUGGACAGCAAGGCGUGGGGAGAGAGAGAAACAAGAACAAAGGGAACAAGGAGAGAAGUUUCAUCCGUGAACUAAAGACAAUUUAUUACUCCUGAUAUGGACAUCUGCUGGACUGCGUUUGGAACUGCAGGUCUGCAGUCAAAAACGCAGAGUUCAUCUCAGCCCUUCAGUUCCUUUUUGUCCCUGACGGAGACAUG